AUGUCUCCGGAGUUGCUUUCUUUGCUCCAGCAAGCGUUCCGCUCUCCCCGGCGCACCGCCUCCCCGUCCACACGGAUCAUGGCCGAAGCAGCUCCGCCGACCGGAAUGGGGAACCGCCAACUUCGUGAGUGGAUACAGGAAUGGGGCAGUGCGUGGGAUUUCCUCGGCCUCGCCCCCGGCAGCGCCAUGAGUGAGGUUCUUCGCGCAUACAAGCGCACGGCGGUCCGCCUCCACCCGGACAAAAGUCCACCUGAUGAGGUCGAAAUGGCCACUGUGCGCAUGCAGGCCCUGGGGAAUGCCAAGGAGAUCCUCCUCAAUCCAAGCCUACGGAUUCUGCACGACAAUAUCCUGGGCGUUGGUGUGACUGGUGGAACAGCCCCUCCUCCUUCGAGUGCCGCGCCGGAUGGUGGUUCUGGCGGCACCGCCCCGCACCAUGGUUGGUGGAAUCAAGCGCCUCCGCCAAAGGCCCCACCGACGAGCUCGAGUUCCUCGGCACCACCUCCUUCGAGCAAGAGCGCUGGGAAGGCGCCACCGCCAACUGGACGUGGACCUGGCCCGAGCACCUCGGCCCGCGGCACGGCAAAGGGCAAGAGCAGAGGCCGAUGGGGCACCCCUUUCUACGACUCCUCCAGCAGCGAAGAGUUUGAAAGUGCUGGCCCAGACACCGAGUCCUCUGGUCCUGAGAUCGACAGAUACCCGCGCAUUCGAUGCGGGCGUGUCUUGAGGUUCUGCCGCCAAUGUGGUCACCAUCAGUACUGGGGAGACGCCUGGUGCAUGAGGUGUGGCUGGGAGAGCCCUCUGGAGGCAAAGGGCCCACUGGUGAUGGAGAACCUCCACGUGGACCUCAGACCAGUGGAUAUGGUGGAACAGGGGAAGCUCCUCCAGGACACGAACCUGGUUCUUCGUCAUCGGGCGCUCCGCCCCGGAGCAACCCAUGGGAGCGAGCAAAGACGGCCCCGCCUCCUCCGCCUCCGAGCUCGGGUGAUUCUGGCCCAAGUUCAGCACCCCCUCCUGGAGGAGAUCGCAGUUUCUGGAACUGCAGCCGGUGUGGCUGUAUCUUUCCCGCCGGAAGCCACUCCGCAAAAGGCGCCUCCAAAGGAGAGAAUCCCGACCAAGGCGCCACCGCCCUCCACCUUCAACAAUACAAUGAGGUGGAUUUGCGGAGGCUGUGGAGAACCUAAUGGUCUCCACCGAUAUGGGUGCAAUGGAUGUGGCCGCUCUCAGCACGCCAUGGGCAACGUCCAGGAGAGAGCCACGCACUGGAUUUGCCCUGACUGUCAAGGAGAAGUGUCAGUCAAGGCCAACCAAUGUGUGGGGUGUGGAUGCUGGCGCCCAAGGUACGGGGAGCUCCUCAACAAUGGACCCGCCCCCGAUGACUUGCUGGUACACCCGAGGGCGUCUACAGCCCCAGUGGUGCUUAACCGCCGGGACACUGUGGAUGGGAACCCCGGUCUUGCCGUGGCCCAGGAGGCCCACAGCGGGAAAGCUUUUCAAGAUGGUGCGGGCGCGGGAGGUCCCCCACCGGGCCUUGACAGAGACGAGCAGAUGGAGGGAGAGCCUCAGGCGACACCGCCCUCUGCCGCUGCAACCUCGCCUCAGCCACCACCACCUAUUCCGACACCGGAGCCCAAGUCGGUCUACUUUGCCAAGAAGGGUCUUGGAAAGGGCAAGGGCAUGGGCGCUCCGCCGGAGGGACCUUUGCCCCACACCCCGGCUGCCCCGAAGAGCUACGCCCCCGGGGACUUCGCGAAUGUCGGCGCUCCGCCCCCUACCUCUGGAAGCCUGCAGCCUGUCUGCGACCCUCCGCAUGGACCUGCACCGAAGAAGGCCAGAGGUCCCACCGAGGAAAGUCGCCCUAUGGCGAUUGUGGCUCCAAAUGGGGAGGCUUUGUGGUUCACGGUGAGAGACCUGGACGAAACGACGCCUCGGCUGGUCCUUCCUUGGACCAUCUUCCAGCACGUCGUCAUGUCCCGCAGGGCCCUUUGUGGGUUGCAAUCAUGGGGCAGGGUGGGAGUUAUCUUCAUCCGACGCGUUGCUCAAGACAUUCUUCAUUGGGCACGCAGAAGAGGCCACAUGACCCGGAUUCAGAUGGCCAAUAAUAGCAACCCAUGCUUCAUGGACUUGCAGGAGGCACAUCCCGAACCUCAAGGUGAUCUACCGCCCCUCAGUCCCGCCACUGGUGACCAUCGGCCCCUCUUUACGUUCCAGGACUUUUUGCGGAACCCCAGCCUCGGGCAGCACUACCGGAACAACGAAGGACCGCCACGACCAGGUCGCACCGCGCUUCCCUGCAUCUACUCAGCUCCAACUCGCCAGCUUCCUUUGGCAGAGUCAUAUGCGGAAGCAGACCGAGCCCAGAAUGUGAUGGGGCGCUGGGCUAUGCAGAUCCUGGGUGAUGAGCCGGCAGUUCCGCCAGAUGAGGGCGCACCGCCUAAAGGCGAAGGUAAGGGUGAUUCCGCCCCAAGCUCGACGUCGAGCGGCAAAGGCACAGGGAACACCUUUAAAAAGGUCACUCAUUGGUACUGCAAGAGGUGCUCUUAUGGUGUGCCCAUCACUCGCACCUUCUGCACCAUGUGUAGCCGACCCAAGGAUGAGUGUGUGGUGUCCGACGAGGAAGAGGAAGAGGACGAUGUGGCCCUCAACGAGGAGGAGCUCGCGGAGGUUGCCCGUCUUGAGCGAGAAUGUGCAGAGCUGGAGCAAAGGAUGAGAGGCCUCAACGCCGGCCAACAGAGGGCGCUCUUGGAGAAUCUCGCAAACAGCUCGAGUGCGGUGAUGGGAGGUCUGUUGGCGGACACCAUCAGGCGCACCGCCCAGCUGCGAGGCCAGAAAGGCAAAGGGGGUUCCAGCAAUGUCAAGGUGAGAGCCUCCAAUGAGACCGCUCGGAACGACCCCAAGUACGUAAAAGACUUGGAGGAAGGGGUCUCCAUGGCGGUGGCCUUCCAACGUCAUCGCUCUCGACUACGUGCGGUGCAACAUCAAGUGGCCCAAGGCAAUGUGGCGCUACAGCCCCGAAUGACCCCCGCACAAACUGUGAGGACGAUGCCGCCCAUGAUGAGCCUGGGCCGCGCUCACCGCCUGUAUCUCCUCAACAGGUUGGAAAGGUUGGAAAGGCAAGGAGUCACAUGGACCCAAGAAGAGGUGGGGAAUUGCUACACUAUGGAGCAAUUCCUGGACUACUUGGAGGCAAGAGUCGGUGCGGAGGCGGAAAGAGCCGAACCUACAACGGCCUCCAAAUCCGCAGGCGCUCCGCCACCUACAGGCGUACCGCCUCCCUCGGGUCCUACAGCGAGCACCUCGACGGGAACCUCUUCUGCACCAUCGGGUACAACCGCGGACGGGCGGCCAGAACCUCCCUCGCAUCGUUCCGAUCCUGCCCAAGAUCAAGCAGCAGGGCGGCCAGUGGAUCCAGACCAGGGGCACGAUCAGCCGGAAGCUCACCCCUCAGCCCCUUCUGCGACGUCUGAAGGAGGUGAGGCUGCAGGUGAUACCGCCCCAGCCGAAAGCGAUUUGCCUGCUGAUGAUUCAGCACGGCGUUCCGCUGUGGAUGGUUUCCACCUUUGA